UUGGGGCGGGGCAGGGAACGCUCUGGGAGAGCUACGUGCGAGUUGACGCCGCACGGCGCCCCGCCUUCUACGCACAGACGCCGAGAAGAAGGGGGUGUGGCCACGCUAGCGUCAGCGCCAUCAGGCCCGAGGUGGCGGUGAAACCCGUGUUCAGUGUAUGGUUUUCCCAGCCAAACGGUUCUGCUUGGUGCCAUCCAUGGAGGGCGUGCGUUGGGCCUUUUCCUGUGGCACUUGGCUGCCGAGCCGUGCAGAAUGGCUGCUGGCGGUGCGAUCGAUCCAGCCAGAGGAGAAGGAGCGCAUUGGCCAGUUCGUCUUUGCCCGGGACGCUAAGGCAGCCAUGGCUGGUCGUCUGAUGAUAAGGAAAUUAGUUGCAGAGAAAUUGAAUAUCCCUUGGAAUCAUAUCCGUUUGCAAAGAACUGCAAAAGGAAAACCAGUCCUUGCAAAGGACUCAUUGAAUCCUUACCCUAAUUUCAACUUUAACAUCUCUCAUCAAGGGGACUAUGCAGUGCUUGCUGCUGAACCUGAGCUACAAGUUGGAAUUGAUAUAAUGAAGACUAGUUUUCCAGGUCGAGGUUCAAUUCCAGAGUUCUUUCAUAUUAUGAAAAGAAAGUUUACCAACAAAGAAUGGGAAACAAUCAGAAGCUUUAAGGAUGAAUGGACUCAGCUGGAUAUGUUUUAUAGGAAUUGGGCGCUGAAGGAAAGCUUCAUAAAAGCUAUUGGUGUUGGACUGGGAUUUGAAUUGCAGCGGCUUGAAUUUGAUAUAUCUCCAUUAAACUUGGAUAUAGGCGAAGUUUAUAAAGAAACACGUUUGUUCCUGGAUGGAGAGGAAGAAAAAGAAUGGGCAUUUGAGGAAAGCAAAAUAGAUGAACACCAUUUUGUUGCAGUAGCUCUUAGGAAACCCAAUGGAUCUAGACACGAGGAUGUUUCAUCCCAAGAUGAUUCUAUACCAACCCAGAGGCAGUUUACUAUUCUUACCUUUAAUGAUUUAAUAUCAUCUGCUGUUCCCAUGACACCUGAAGAUCCUUCAUUUUGGGACUGUUUUUGCUUCACAGAAGAAAUUCCAAUUCGAAAUGGUACAAAGUCAUGAUAUGAUUCCCUACGUAAUAAAGGGAAAUGAAAAUUGUAAUCUUCCAUAUUCUCAGAAAAAAAAAAUCAAUGCCUGAUCAAGUUUUAUUUCACAAAAACUUUUUUUUUUUUUUUUUUUUUUAACUGAAAACUUUUACUAUUCAAAAAGCAGACUUCUGGUACAAUAUGUUUACCUCUUCCUGUCUGAAAUUGCAUUGAAUUGAUAGAAAAAGGCUGGAAGAAUUUACAUGUUCAUUGUAGAAAAAAAUAUGGAAAAAGGAAACAUUAGGAUCCCAUCUUUCAUAGAUAAGCUACUCUUUAAACUCUGAGUUCUCUUUCCAGACUUUUCUUGGCCAUUGAAUCCAUGUUAACUUUUUUUUAAAAUGGGAACACACUGUUUUGUAAGUUUUUUAAACUGUUUAUAAUACCUCUGUUACAUAAACUUUUAGUGGUUCUAAAGUACUCUCUUCUAUGACUAAUAUCAGUUAAGAUGCUUUUGACUAGAGGUAACAUUGUCCAAAUGGCUUAAGUAACCAAGGAUAUUUAUUAUAUAACAUAUAAUAAAUGUCAGAGGUUUCAUUAAGAAUUUUUUUUUUUUGCCCUCAAUUUAUUGAUUUUGCCUUAAGCUCAUCUCAUUCCCCAGCAUAAUGCUAUAACUUCUAGUUUUAUAUCUUCCUAAAAUUGCAUCUGCAAGGCAGGAAAGACCAUUUUUCCUGUAACAUUUAUUUUAUGGUGCGGAAUAUUUCUCCUAAUAGCCUCCAAAUUAUUUCCUCUCAUUUUCCAUCAACUCAGAUUUGGUCAUAGAGAAAGCUAGCAUCUGACAUUUUUUGCCUCUGUUAGAAGUAGAUUCUGUUGGGAAAGAAAAAGCUACAGGAGGUUUGGGAUUAUGGCAUUGAGGUGAAGCCCCACUGUCUGGCGUAAGAAAUAUGUGCCAUAAUGUACUUAUUUUCUUUUGUGUUAGGCAUUUUGAUUGUCUACAUUAUGUUACUGUAAGUGGUGCAGUGAAUGCCCUAGUACAUUUUGAGGCACAUGCUUAAUUAUGUCUUUUAAGAAAGUUUUUAGAACUGGAGUGUCUGACUGAAAGGGCUUAAAUAUUUUUAGAGCUUUGGUAAGUAUUAGCAUAUUGUUCUUCAGAAAAGCUAUCCAGUUUACACUUCCAUUUAGUAGUGUAUGUGUGACCAUGCCUAUCUGUAUACUCCCUGGUCAACUGUAGGUAUUAUCUUUUAUCUCCCCCUCCCCCGCAUUUACUCUUUGUCAGUAUACCUGAAGAAUGUUGUGUCAUUUUUUAAAAUUUGUAUUUCUUUCAUUACAAAUGAUGUUGAUAAACAUUACUGGUUAUUUGUAUUCCUUUUUUUAAUGAUCCUCUUGUUCAUUGUCUUCAAUCUGUUUUUAUUUUAGUUAAUAGGACUUAAUUUAAAAUGUGAACAUAAUAUAUUAAAAUGCCAAGACCAUCAUAUUGAUGACAGAAUCUAUUAUAUGGUUGUAGUGCAUGUCUUGGGAAGUUAGUCUUAUUGUUAAAUAUCAAAUAAUUUCAUUGUUUCUAUUACUAACAUUGAAAGUGGUAUGUAAACUGUAUAAAAAUAGGUACUUUUGUUAAUUAAAAAUCUUGGAAUGUUUUA